GGGCGCAGGUCCCCGCCCCCUGCUCCCAGUCCCACCCCUGCGCCUUCGGGGGCGCCCCAUCCCGGGAGGGUGGUCCGCCUCUCCCCGGUCGCCUAAGGCAGAGAGGUGGCGGGAACCUCCACCUCUUUCCCGUUUCCGCCGCGGGCAGCGCGCCGGCCAGUGCCACCGGGAGGCGCGGUCGUCCCUCCGCCCGCGCGCCGGGGGCCGGCCCUGUCGCCUGAGCCUUUUUCCCCCCGCGCACACCGCGGCGGCGCGCGGCCACUCGCCAACCGCAGAGAGCGCGGUGGCUGCAGCACCCUGCGCUCGGAAGAUGGUCCCCGCGACCGGACAGCUCGCUCUGCUAGCGCUGGGUAUCCUGUUAGCUGUGUGCCAGGCUCUGGAGAACAGCACAUCCCCCCUGAGUGCAGACUCACCAGUGGCGGCUGCAGUGGUGUCUCACUUCAACAAGUGCCCGGAUUCCCACACUCAGUACUGCUUCCAUGGAACCUGCAGGUUUUUGGUGCAGGAAGAGAAGCCAGCAUGUGUCUGCCACUCUGGGUACGUGGGUGUUCGCUGUGAGCAUGCAGACCUCCUGGCUGUGGUGGCUGCCAGCCAGAAGAAGCAGGCCAUCACCGCCCUGGUGGUGGUCUCCAUUGUGGCCCUGGCUGUCCUCAUUAUCACCUGUGUGCUGAUCCACUGCUGUCAUCUCCGCAAACACUGUGAGUGGUGCCGUGCCCUCGUCUGCAGACACGAGAAGCCUAGCGCCCUCCUGAAGGGAAGGACUGCUUGCUGCCACUCUGAGACAGUGGUCUGAAGAUCUCAGAAGAAGGAAUUUGGCCAGGCGGCCUAUGACAGCCCAACCGCGGAAAGGCAUCUCAAGACAGCACCACCGGCAGUGCCCAUGCUGGGAGACCUUCCCCCAUCAGUGCACAACCGCCUGGGCAGCCUUCUGUCCUUUGAGAGUCUUCAAAACUGUGUGAUAAAACUGCCUGCUGGGCUCUCUCAGUGCACCUAGAGAAGAGGCCAGUAGACCACAUUUUAAAGACAAGUUGAACAAGAACCUCAAAUGGCUGGCCUUCUUGCUAACACACACCAAGAAUGAACUUGGGUUGGUAUCUCCUGACAGCCAUGGAUUCCAGACUGUUUCUUUUCCGUGGGCCAUCUACCCCCACACACAGAGACUCCAUGGUGGGUGUACAAAAUGGACAAGGGGAAACAUCUAGUAUUCUUUGAAGACACUGUGGCCUCCCAUGAACCCUAACAACUCCUCAAGCUGUUGUCAGGAUGUAUCUUAUUUAUUAGGUGGAUAACGCGGUUUUAUUUGUAAUCUCUUUAUGUCAAUGUCAGGCAUCCAUGUUAGUGAUACGUGAGUGACUGGCCGUGAAGUUACACCAAAUAGAAAUAAAUGUCCAGCCACUUUGAUAAAAUAAGGCAGCAGGGAAGGCAGCCUCCAGGGGUCGUAGAGACAGAAUUCAAAUGCACAUUCUGCUGAGAACCAAACUGCUAUCCAGAGGUUGUGCCCGCUCAGACAGGAAAGUCCCUGGAUACAUGCUGUAGCAAAAUUAGCAAGGCCAGUGGCAGAGAGGGUCCCCCUCAUGGGGACAAGAGGACAAGAGAGCCUGUGUGGGCACCUAAGGAGGACGCACAUUCCAACACUUGAUUAAGUGGAUUAGCGUCCUCGUGAGCCCAGCUCUAGCAUUAGCAGUGAGCUGUGAGCCAAAUCCAUGAAGGCGACCAGCCCUUUACUGGCUUUUGCUUAUUUUUAGAAGGAGAAAUUUGCCUUUCCUAUUUAUUUUCAAGCAUUAAGAGAAAUAGCCCACUUGUUUUGUUUUGUUUUGUUUCCUCUUUCAGAAUGUUGGCAUUAUUAACAAAAUCGUUACCAAGCCUCUGCACACACACCCCUCCCCAGGGAAGGAGACGUGCUCCCCAAGUGAGUGCUCGAGGGUGCUCUGACCCAUUGAGCUCACCCUCUUCCCUGGGCUGCUCGGGGCUGUCAGGAGACAGAGUGGCAGUAAAUACAUUCAGCUGCUUAUUGAGGCCAUUCUCCAACUCAGAAGUGAAAAGCCUGCCCGCCUCCGACCUCCAGAGCCUCUAACAUAAGGCAUUAGGAAAAGGGUAUUUGACAUACCAAGUUUGAAGCUUCUAUCAGAAAGUUCUGCCUGUUCCUCAUUCUUCUCCAGUCCACCUUUCUCUAUGAAUUUUUCUCUUCUCAUAUGAGCUAGGCAUUGAUCUUCCCCAGGUUCCAACCCAGGCACCCUUUGUUCACAAUGCCUGAAGCCCCAAAAGAAAAAACUGGGCCUGUCCAAUGCUGUCCUCUAACGACUUAGCUGACACAGCUCCAGGCAGAAGUCAUCAUUUUGUUAUCAUUAUUAUUUUGGUCUAAUGUUUUAUCUUGUUUUGUAAGACAAGCUUGGCCUUGAGGUUAAGAUCCUCCUGCUUCAGCAUCCUGAGAGCUGGGCUUGCAGGUGUGCACCACCACACCCAGCAGAGUCUCUGUGAUUAUUAAAGAAAAUAGGUUAAGUUUGCUUUCCUUGGGUCAUACAUGUGGGUCAAGGCCAUGUGUAGCCUGCUGCUCAGACACCAAUCAACCUCACUGGGCUUUAGCCCUCUAUUGACCCCCAGUUCUCUUAGUACUGAAGUUCUGCCUGAAGUACUGGCUCAUGGGGGGGCCAACACAAAUGGAGGCGCAGGGCUUGUUUUAAUUUAGUUCACUCUGUUAGCUUCCGAUGAUGGGUCUUUUCUGGUCUGUUGGAGGUUCCUGGAUGUCUGACUUCUCUUAAAGAGUUUGAACUGAUAUCAAAAUAUCAAUGGGAACUUCUUCACUUAAUAUCCUGAAGAUGUUGCCAUCCAAGACUCAACAGAGGUGGGAGAAGUUAGCACAAAAACAUGAUGGUGAAGGCAGAGGACCUUGGGGGGACCUCAGUUUUAGUGCCUGAACAUUCCGGUUCUCAGGUCUAGCCAGUCACAGCAGCCAGUAUCAUCCCAGUGCCUGUCCACAGAUGCAGCUGGCUCAAAUGUCUCCCAGAAGUGCCUUCCCAUCAGACUGCCCUUUGCAGAGUCAGAAGCUGAGACUGGGUUGAGGCAAGUCCGGUUAGACAUCGUCCCUGCCCCGACAUAUGACAGCUCUGCUUCUUUGGUGACUUUGAUUUUGAAAGUCAGGCAAACGCUGUGUUCCUUCCUGUGCCAUCUCACAGCACAGAUGGGCCUGGUGAGCUCUACCAGCACCCUCCUGUCGGUUCACACUGGCCCUCUCUUGAUAUUUAGUACAGCUAUUGAGUCAGGAGCACUCUUCAGCAGCCACCCGAGUCAGUGGGCAAUACAGCUGAUCCAGUGACUCAUCCCCAUUAAACGAACUGAAAUUAAUUCUAGAGACAUUGAGGCAGCUCAGUUAGUAAAGGCACUUAACAAAUCCCUGAGAACCUGAGUUCAAUCCCCUGGGACCCAUGUGGUGGAAGGAGAGAACCAGCUUGCCCAGGAUGUCUUCUGAUUUCAACAUACAUACAACACACAUGCAGGGACAUGCUUGUACACACACACACACACACACACACACACAAUCUAAUUUUUAAAAAUAAAAAUGAAUUCUAGAAAGGUCUUCACACCUCUACCUGUAACUUUAAACACAUCUUGGGACACGUUUUCUCCAUGGAAAAGUACAACGGGGACUCAGUCCGAAAGAUAGACUCCAGGUAGGCAUACACAGAACCAAUCCAUGAGUCAGUUUGUCAUCUGCCCCAGAAAAAAGUGGGAAUAGUCCCAACGUCCCUUUUCUUCCCCCACCCCACCAAAAAAAGGAGGAAAAGAGGCAUGAUUGGUACCUACCCACCCAUACUGGUGAGGGAAAUGACUGUGUCCCCACGUCUUAGAUGGUGGUGUUGCUCCCUACAAGUCCCUAAGCCAGGUUUGCUAGUGCCUGUGAGCCACUGGAUGGACCAGCAACACUGCCUACAGGCCCCAGUCCUAUGGUGAGUAAUAAGCUUGUCUCUCUCCCAAGGCCAAGGGGAGGCCACACUAGAUAACACAUUUUUCACACAGGGUUUCACAGAACCCAUGAUUCCCCUGCCCCAGCCUACUGGGUUGCCGGUAUGUGCUGCCAUACCUGGCUUCUGUUUGUUUUUUAAUGUUCUGGUGUAAGAUGUAUUCCCUGAAGCCAUUGAUCUAUCUCAAAGACACAGUGUUGUACGCACACGUGUGCGCAUGUACACACACAGGACUGGAAAGUAACUCUUCUCUACAGUGUAGUAAGUUUAUUAUAAGGAACCCGAUGCUGUUUUUAGAACUCAUCUUUCUGACUUCUGUAUAUGAUGCACUGAAGGUUAAUAUGUAAUGUUUUAAUUUAUUUUAUGUGGUAAGUUAAUUUUGGUUUCUGUAAUGUAUUAAUGUGAUUAGAAGCUUUUUUUCCUUAAUAUCUGAAUUAUAUAUACUUAAAGAGUAGUGAGGACUAUAAGAUGCCAUUGUGUUUUUCAGAAUGUGUAGUGUUACUCAGUUGUGUUGUACCUUGUUUGGAUGGAUGAAGGAAUGAACUCUUUUUUUUUUUCCUAAAUGUCAAGACUGAAGUUUUUCUUUCAUGGGGCUGGAACAAAAUUUUCUCUGCAAAUGUGAAUGAGAAAAAAAAAGCCAAUUUUUUUAUCAGAUUUAUUUUUAUUCUUAAUUAUGUGUAUUUAAACAUGUGUGUGCACCUGAAAUACAGUUACUGUCAAUGGCCA